AUAUCCGGGUUGGUUUGCGCUCGCACAUGAAUCGAAGAUGGCUACUCAUCUGUCCCGGUGUAGAACUUGGAGCCGCUUUGAAAGGUUUGGGAUUGCAGCCUACAGAAGGUACAGCAGUGGCAGUGGAUACCCAAAUAUCUCCCUCUCUACACCACUACCGAACAUCCCCAAGCCAGUGUUUGCGUCUGUGGAUGGCCAGGAGAAAUAUGAGACUAGGAUAACAACACUAGAAAAUGGGCUCAGAAUUGCUUCUCAAAACAAAUUUGGUCAAUUUUGCACAGUUGGCAUUUUAUUAAACUCUGGAUCCAGACAUGAAGCAAAGUACCCAAGUGGAAUAGCACACUUCUUAGAGAAACUUGCCUUUUCUUCCACAGCUCAGUACGGCAGUAAAGAUGAAAUUCUUCUCACUUUGGAAAAACACGGUGGAAUAUGCGACUGCCAAACAUCAAGAGAUACUACCAUGUAUGCAGUGUCUGCUGAAGUAAAGGGUCUGGAGAGUGUGGAGUUGCUCUCUGAUGCUGUUCUGCAGCCUCGUCUGCUGGAUGAAGAGAUUGAGAUGAAAAUGGCAGUACGCUUUGAGUUAGAGGACCUAAAUAUGAGGCCGGACCCUGAACCCUUACUGACAGAGAUGAUCCACUCUGCUGCGUAUCGAGGCAACACUGUGGGAUUGCCUCGUUUUUGUCCAGCAGAAAAUGUGGACAAGAUUGACAAGCCACUUCACAGCUACCUUCGCAACUACUACCGUCCUGAGCGCAUGGUGCUGGCAGGAGUGGGCAUUGAUCACGAGCAGCUGUCGAGUGUGCGAAGAAGUACCUGCUGGGGUGUGCAGCCUGUGUGGGGAACGAGCACAUCAGCCAAGGUGGACCUCUCUGUCGCCCAGUACACGGGUGGAAUUAUAAAGCUCAGAAGGACAAUGUCAGAUGUGAGCCUUGGCCCCACCCCCAUCCCCGAGCUCACCCAUAUUAUGAUCGGCUUGGAGAGCUGCCUCCUUCCUGGUGGGUGUUUGGACGACGACUUCAUCCCAUUUGCGGUGCUCAACAUGAUGAUGGGUGGAGGCGGCUCUUUUUCUGCAGGAGGACCUGGGAAAGGCAUGUUCACACGCCUCUACCUAAAUGUCCUCAACAGGCAUCACUGGAUGUACAACGCCACCUCCUACCAUCACAGCUAUGAGGACACCGGUCUGCUGUGUAUCCAUGUCAGUGCAGACCCCCGACAGGUGCGGGAAUGGUGGAGAUAUAACCAGAGAGUUCAUUCAGAUGUCUGGCAAUGCAGCGAGAGGGAACUGGAGAGAGCCAAGACUCAGCUCAAGUCCAUGUUGAUGAUGAACCUGGAGUCACGCCCUGUUGUUUUUGAAGACGUAGGCCGUCAGGUUCUCGCUACCCGCAAGAGAAAGCUGCCACAUGAACUGUGUGCACUAAUAAGUAACGUGACAGCCAGUGACAUCAGCAGGGUGAGCACCAAGAUGCUUCGCAGCAGGCCUGCAGUAGCAGCUCUGGGAGACCUGACGGAGCUCCCCUCAUAUGAGCACAUCCAGGUCGCCCUGUCCAGCAAAGAUGGGCGUCUGCCCGUGUCUAUCGCCUCUUCCGAUAACUGUCACUCUGCAUUGGAACUUUGUUAAUAAACUGGACUUUAGGCUUG